UCAGUGCCCUAUUAAUAUCCCAAUUACUAACGUUGUCCCAAACAUGAAAGCGUUAUGUUCUUCACAAUGUAUAAUAUGAAGGAAUUGGCUUUACUGGAAUGACACGUCGUGUAAUAAUCGGAGACUUAGUAAUGUUAAAUUGUUGUUGUUGAUAAAGUUGGAGGGCAACUAUGUCUAUUAGGUGGAGUAUUGAACAAAAUGUCAAAGAUCUUAAAGAUCUUCAGGCCAGUACAAUGGCUGUGGACUGUCUUGGUCAAUGGGUUCUUCUUGGAGGGAAAAGAGCUUUAACGUUGAUGAGUCUUGAAAACCAUGAUCAUGUUCGAAAAAUUGACCGGAACAGCAAAUAUGACAUCAGCUGUGUCCAGUGGAAUCCACAUGCCGUUGCAGCUGAAAAGUUUGCUGUAGCUUGUGGUCAGAAACUGGAUGUCUAUCAUUGGCAAGAUGGGAGCAAUAGCAGCAAACCAAUAUGUUCCAUAAAAGCUCAUUCCCGUGUUGUAAGUGAUUUAGAUUGGUCACCAUUUGAUGUCAACAUCCUGGCUUCUUGCUCUGUUGAUUCCUACACUUUUCUCUGGGAUAUCAGAGAACCAAAGAAACCUACUGGAUCAUUUCAGACAGUUGCUGGUGCCUCUCAGGUUCAAUGGAACAAAGUUACCAACAACACAUUUGCUACAACACAUGAAGGUGAUGUCAGAAUUUGGGAUCCAAGGAAAGGAAAUACUGCUGUGCAGUAUAUUGCAGCCCACCCGUCCAAGAUUUAUGGUUUAGACUGGAGUCCGUUUUCAGAGUACAAUUUAGCUACUUGUAGUCAGGACUGUACAGUGAAGCCUUUCCAAAUUGGAUUAGUCACACUUGUUCUACCUCAAUUAACCAGGGAGCCAUAUCUGUAUUUAUGGAAUAUUUCUAACCUCAAGCAACCUGUGCACACUUUUGUAGGACAUGCUGAUGUUGUUUUAGACUUUCACUGGAGAAAUAAAGCAAAAGGCAGUAAUGAUUACCAGUUGGUGACUUGGUCAAAGGAUCAGAGUUUAAGAAUUUGGAAAAUAGAUUCUAACUUGCAGAAGAGAUUUUUUAUUUCCAAGUUGUGUCGUCAGGAUGCUGCAAAUUUUAUGGAUGAUAAUAUUCCAGAAAAUCUGUUACCCGAAGAUGAUGAAAUUGCCAGAGUCAGUGGUAGUGCUGGAACUCGAGAGCCUUCAUUUACAUCAAUAUUUCAUCAGCCACAAACCUUGUUACAAGAGUUUUCUUUAGUUAACAAAGAUAUUCCUAGAGUUGCAUUUGAAAAGAUGGAUGCUGAUAGUCGAACCUGCACAGUAAGUGCUGUCAGUAAAGGUCAUUGUGCCUCUCUUGUUGUUACAUUCCCUGUCAGUUACCCAAACAAUGCUGCACCAACAUUUCAAUUCACUCAGAGAACCACUCUACAGACAUCACAGAAAAAUGUCCUAUUGCAGGCUCUUGAAGACACAUCACAGCAGCAUGUCAAAAGAAAUCGGUCUUGCCUGGAACCUUGCCUUAGGCAACUGACCGCCAACUUGGACAAGUUAACAGACGUUGAACAUCAAACUCCUGACAAUGAGGACCAGUUUACUCUUCCAACAAAGUCAGGAGCCCCAAUUGUUCCAAAUUUCUAUUACAUUGGGCAUCAAGAUAGUUCUGUUCCUUUUCCACGUACAUCGGGAGCUCGUUUUUGUUCGGCAGGAUAUCUGGUUUGUUUUGGUCGUCAGGCCUCCAGCAAGAAAGCUUAUACAGAGCGAACUCCCAAAUCUCUGUCAGUGCUAGCCUAUUUACAGUCAGGCAUGAGGUCACCCCAGUCAACAUCAUCCUACUCUGUCUUUUCUCGUAGCCCACCUACAUCUGAUGGAAUGUUCUCUAUCAGUAAUUACUAUGCUUUUAAAGAAAAGAAGCGAAAUCGAAGCCGAUGUCGUUCUAAAGAUACUUUAGAUUCAAAAGGUCGAGAUUCAGAACUGAAGAAGAUGCCAAAAGUGAACCCAGUCAUUAUUUAUGAUGUUUUACCUCUGCAGAUGCUUAACAAACAGUUAGCUGAAAACUAUAUAAUCCAAUUAAAUGAUGUUCCUAAGAUGUGCAGCCACAAUGGUAAUGCUGCACUUGCAGUUGGAAGGAAAGAUUUAGUACAGAUGUGGUCAUUGCUGGCUUUGGUUGCUGGAGGUGGUCAAGAUUUUAGUAAAGAUCCCUUUGAUGGUGCCCCUUGGGCUCAGCAUACUUUUGGAAGAAAACUAAUAAAAUCUUUGCUUGACCACUACAUGAGUAUCUAUGACAUUCAAACAUGUGCAAUGUUGUCCUGUUUAUUAUGGACAAAAUCUGUUGCUCAACAACUUCAACAACCUCCACAUUCGCCAAAACCAGACAAAGAGAAUAUACCACCAAACUACAGCCCAUAUCACACAGUUACUUCUGCCACAAAUCUCUUGAAGGGCGGGGCACCCAAUGAGUGGCCUUCCCUCACUCCAUCCGUAACAUUUCCUUGCACAGCUCUUAAAGAGACCUGUUCCCAAUUUAACAUCACUGCUUUAGUUCAUACAGCCAUCAAUUUAAGACGUUCAAACAGUUGGUCAGAUUCUUAUGAAGGAUUCAGAUUUACGGAAAGUGGUAAAGAUCAAAAGGAAUCUGAAACAGAACAACAUUCAAAAAACUGUUGCUUACUUGAUCCCAGUCAAUCAAGACAAUAUGAAAACUUCAAGAAGUCCUAUUCCAAUAUUUUACAUAAAUGCCAACUGUUUAAUAAAUCAGCUGAAGUACAGAAACACAUGGCUGUUCUUCCAGAACAGAAGUCUACAUUAGGUGUUCCUUGCCAGUUACUUUUCAACAGAAAUAAACCUUUGGUCAAAAAUUCCUCUGAUUUUGAAUUCAAAGCCGUUUGUCAUUAUUGUCUUCAUGAAACAAAAGGCCCUCAAUGUGAUAACUGCCACAAGGUGGCUUUGCAGUGUGCAGUCUGCCAAAUUGGAGUACGAGGUUCUGCCAGUUUCUGUUUAGUCUGUGGUCAUGGAGGUCACACAUUACACAUGUCGCAUUGGUUCCUCUCGUAUUCGCAGUGUCCCAGUGGUUGUGGUUGCCUAUGUAUUGAAAGAAAUUUAAUUGAAGCUCUCUGAGUUACUACUUCUGCACUUUUUAUUAUCACAAAUUGUUGUUUGAUUUCCACAAUAAACCUUUAGUUUUUAAUUUU